AUGGGCAAGAAGUUCUGCUACUCCGAGAAAAAUACCCACGCUCGUAUCGAAAAAAAGCAGAAUCGCCAGGGAGCUCAAAAUUCCCAAUUAGAGAAGGGUCAGGAUGCCGAGGAGAAGGAGGAUGAUGGCGAGCUGGGAGUUCUGAAAAACCUUGCCAAUGGAUACUUGAAGUUGGUUCACGAAAUCGAGGCCCACCUCUGCCUUCCAGCGCCUCCUUUGAUCGAAGCUAAGCCAGAGCGAGAGGUGGGUGGGGAGAUCGCUCGAAAUUUCCAAAGCGAGGAGGAAAUGUCGCAAUCUUCUGAGGAUACCACUCAUCCAGGCAUAGGCUUUGUGGAUCUCUAUCGGCGCAGUCUUUAUUUCGAGUGCCUGGGAAUUCCGCUCACUUCCUUGGAGCUUUUCUCUAUGGAAUGCCAGAAAAAUGAAGAACUGGAGGGAAGAGUCAUGGGCGGCUAUCGAGCUGGCACUGAAGGACUGGAUGAGCGGUUGACUAAGGAAACUGAAUGGGUGGCUGAAAGAAAUCUAUCGAAUAGAGCUGAUUAUCAUCCACCCAAAAGAAGAAACACCCUAGAAAAUACCUCCAAAUCGAUUUUGUUUUCAGGAAAACCCACAAAACGGAAGCCCGUGGAACACAAGCCAGUUGAAACUGACCUAGAUGACGAAACAGAAGCUUUACUUGAUGAUGAACAUGGAAGUCAAUAUUCAAGGAUGGAGCUAUACCAGCAUUCGCCCAAGUUUCAGAGCCGAUCUUCAUGGGAAUAUACCAGUAAGGAGCCAUCAGUUAGUUCCCGCCGUUCGCAUUUUAAGCCUCAUAAAAUAGCAAUCCGAAAUCCAAUUGCUGAGAUAUCAUCCGAAGAGUCUGUUCGAUUACCAGUGCACUAUCCCACGAAGCCUUAUAAAUGGGGUAAAUUUCCAGCUAGUAGUUCAAGCAAAACUCUUGGAAAACCAAGUAGGGGCAAAAAGAAAUCGCCAAGCCCCGAAAAUCGUGAACUCCAUAGCUGCAGUGAAAUAACCAGACCAAGAUGGGAUACUGAUUUUGGGGGCUUGGGUGAGCCGAAAUCAUUUAGAUCUAAUAAGAAAACUAGGAAUACCACGUUCAACGGAUCGAAGUUGUCUUUAUUUUCACGUUGGGUGACUUGUAGGCCAGAAGGUAAAUCGAAUCGAUGUAAUCAAGGGAACACCUUCCGAUUACAUGGAGGCUUUACACCCAAGCCCUUGGAAGUCUUUGGGGUUGCACAUGCCCCUAAUGCAGUGGAGAGCUCGUCUGUGGAAGUAUCCGGGAAACGCUUAGAGGAGCGAAAGAAAUCGUGUUUGAAGAAGUCUAACAGACCGGUGGCUGAAUCCGAUUUCGAGACAAUGGAGCCGCUGCGUUCCAACGAUACCUUCACGGAGGCGUGGAAGAAUUCCAAUUUUAACAGGGGCCAGCACCACCAGGACCUACGGAUCGGCGGUCUUUAUAGUCGGGCCGAGAAACUGAAGUACCAGCCCAUAGAUCGCGUGGACGCGGGCUGUUCGGGUGUGCCGCUGUUCAAGGACUCCGACGAAUCCCUGGAGAGGACACGGUACUUUGUGAGCGAGUUCGACAAGCUGAGUCGCGCCGAGAGGAUGCAGGACAUAGAGUUGCGAAUAGGCCAGUUGCGGUGGCUGCAGGCCAUGUCGGAUAAGGAGUAUCGCCAGCGCUUCCGGAAAAAGAGGAUUGCCUUCAAGCCGGUCUUGGCCAAUUCGAUGCCGCAUGCGUGUCCUUUGAACCACGACGAAUGCCCGGCUGUGCUGAACGACACUCUAUUGGGACACUUCGUAUCCCGGCAUUUGGAUGAGCCGGGAAAGGAGCUGCGUGAGAUCUUCGAGGGCGAACAGGUCCUAAUGAUCUUCAGUCCCAGGGCCUUCCAGCCGGGCAAGACUGAGUGCAUGUCCGUGCUGGGCUACGGGGGUGUGCGGAAUAAGCCCUGCACCCUGCCCGCGGUCAGAUUCAUGCCCACCCGGAACACCGAUUUACCAGAACCCUAUGCCCAUUUCGACGCUCAUUUGCCGCUGCUCGUGAUGAUCUGCAGGAUUCGGCUGAGUAGCGUUGAGGGCAGGAAGUUGCGGUUCGGUGGUCCUCGUCUGGAAGACGAGGACAGCCUCGCUCUAUGGUUGGUCAGCAGAGAUCUGCCCUGCCCCAUUCACGUGGUGAUGACUGUACUCAACCGACGACUAGAUAUCACCAGGAGCUCCAUCAUGAAGGUCCGAGAACUGCACAAGUCGCACGAUCCUCUCGACUUCAUGUUAUCCAGUAAAAACUACAUGCGACUCAGCGAUCACGAUUUGCGCGUCCUGACCAACGAUCAUACGGAGCCCAUAUAUAUGGAGAUCGUAGUGAAGGAGUACGCCGGUAUAUUUCCACGUCACAUUCCAGACCACUUCCAAGGCGUCGCCUGAA